AUGGCUGUCGCAAGGCCCAUUCGCAUGCUUGGUGCCUCGUGCAUCAUCCUUAUCCUCUUUCUCAUCUUCCAGAUGAACAAGUCCCCAUCCUUCUCCAUUAGUAAGGGGCCAUACGCUGCGCAGCCGUAUGAGGGCAUCACGACAGAUCCCCUCAAAGACCCAACCGGAGAACCUUCGGGCAAAUUAUGGCGUGUGACGGACGGCGACUAUUCCCCCGAGAGCACCAACUCCCCUCGUGCCAACGCAGCCCUCAUCUCUCUGGUGCGCAAUGAAGAGCUGCACGAACUGAUCCCGACCAUGCGUGACCUCGAGCGCACCUGGAACAGCAAAUUCAACUAUCCCUGGAUCUUCUUCAACGACCAGCCGUUCACGGAGGAGUUCAAGAAACGGACCCAGGAGGUGACCAAGGCGAAGUGCUACUUCGAGCAAGUGCCCAAGGAGCACUGGGAAGUCCCCGAAUGGAUCAACUGGGACCUCUUCCAGGAAUCGGCGCAGAUCCUCAAGGAGAAGAAGAUCCAGUACAGCGACAAGGUCUCCUAUCACCAGAUGUGCCGCUGGAACAGUGGCAUGUUCUACAAGCAUCCCGCUCUCAAGGAUAUUCGCUACUACUGGCGCGUCGAGCCCAAGGUCAAGUUCUUCUGUGACGUUGACUACGAUGUCUUCCGCUACGUGGCGGACUACAACAUCACCUACGGAUUCACGAUCAACCUCUUCGACGCCCCCGAGAGUAUCCCGUCUCUCUGGCCCGAGACCAAGAAGUUCCUUGCCGCGAACCCCUCCUACCUUUCUGAGAACAACAUGAUGGGUUGGUUGACCGACGAUCAACUCCGCCCCGAGCACACUGCCGGUGGAAACGGGUACUCGACCUGCCACUUCUGGUCCAACUUUGAGAUUGGAGACAUGGAGUUCUUCAGAGGCGAGCAGUACUCUGCUUACUUCGAUCAUUUGGACCGCGCGGGUGGCUUCUACUACGAGAGAUGGGGUGAUGCUCCUGUUCACUCGAUCGGUAUCGGUCUUUUCGCGGAUGCGUCCAAGGUCCACUGGUUCCGCGAUAUCGGAUACAACCACAUCCCUUACUACAACUGCCCCAACUCCCCCAAGUGCUCCGGCUGCACACCCGGCAAGAUGUACGGUGGUGAAUCCUGGCUGGCGAAGGAGGAUUGUCGCCCCAGCUACUUCCACCACGUCGGAACGCACUAAACGUGCCAAGCCAUUACCUCUGCAUCAUACAUCAAACCAGUUGUGCAUAAAUCACGGCGCGCAUUUCUAAACAUGGCCAUUGAAACCUUCCCCCGUCAGAUGAAACGAACAGGUAUCGUUUCCUCCUGGCCCAAUCCUAUCAUAAACAUUAUACUCUCGUGCUUGGCGCCAGGGACAUGCUUCCCUCCAUCCCGGUACUAGAGAUUACCUACGUGUCAUUUUGGCAUUGUAGGUGGUAUAUGCGGGUCUCGGUGUGCGCGCGAUCGUCACGGCCUUGUUUCAUUCUCGUUACAUACAUACAUACAGUAUCAUUCUUCAUUCAUGACCAGAGUCAUCCUCAAAAUCCAUAUCAGAAAAAAUCUCGGCGGCGUUUCAAAGGGAGAUUGUUGGUUG